AUGCAUACAAUAAGACAACGUGGGCAGCGCUCUCAACGCCCUUCGAGUGAUUUUAACGAGAAAAGGUGCAAAAUGACCAUCCAGAGUAUGACGGUAACAGAUUCCCGUGACGGCACGAGGGGACGUUGCAGAGGGCCUUACAAGUUGCGGACAAAGGUUUUAAUAACUUCAUUAGUGUUGCUGGUCUUCGUGUCUGCCUUGAGUGGCUUCCUCAUCGGCAGCGCUGACUACGCAGCAUGGAAGAAAUUGGACCCUCCCGACCCAGUUCACGCAUUGCCACCGUCGGCGUCAAUCAUGCGCGUAUUUCACCGAGCGGCCGUAUGCACAGAUGCCGCGCAUUGCUCGAAAGUAGGAAGACAAAUCCUCGUUCAAAACGGUUCCGCCGUGGACGCGGCGAUCGCGUCGAUGUUCUGCAACGGCGUACUCAACCACCAGAGCAUGGGGCUCGGGGGAGGCUUCUUCAUGACCGUAUACAUAAAGGAGGAGGGCAGGGCGUACAGCGUCAUAGCGAGGGAGAAAGCCCCUGCAGCGGCCACGGAGGACAUGUUCCACGGGGACAUUACGAAAUCGUCGAAAGGUCCGCUGGCAAUCGGGGUUCCGGGCGAGCUGCGUGGCAUGUGGGCGGCGUACAAGAGGUGGGGCAAGCUGCCCUGGGAGAGCUUAAUAGCCCCCACGCUGCAGCUCUGCGAGGACGGAUACGUGGUCUCGAAAGCGCUGCACGACGGCCUGAUGGUGGCAUCCUACGUGAGGAAUGAUCCGAAUUUGAGGAAAACCUACUACAACCCCACCAAGCAGCAAUUCCACAGGCCGGGCACCGUGGUGAAACCGAGCGAGGCAUUCUGCAAAACGCUGAAGCGAAUUGCAGCUAAAGGCGGCGACGAACUCUACAACGGCAGCCUGUCGGUGGACUUCCUGGACGAUCUGCAGAGGGUCGGCAGCAUCAUCAGCGCCGAAGACCUCCGAAACUACGAGGCGAAGGUGACGGAACCGCUGGAGGUGCCCCUUAGCAACGGCGAUAUUCUGUACACCCCGCCGCCGCCGAGCAGCGGACUGAUACUAGUCAACAUACUGAACAUACUGAGCGGUUACAACUUCACGUCGCUCAGCAUAAACACCGCGGAAGACAAGAUCCUCACCUACCACCGAAUAAUAGAGGCCUUCAAGUACGCGUACGCAACCAGGACCAAGUUGGGCGACGCCGACUUCCUGCAUUUGGACGGUCUGAUCAAGAACGUGACGUCACGCGAGUACGGCGAGCAGCUCCGCAUGAGGAUCAACGACACGAUGACCAGCAACGACACGGCCACGUACGGCGCGACGGAAUACUCGAAGGGCGACAGCGGCACCGCCCACAUCUCCAUCAUCGGGACCAACGGGGACGCCGUCUCCGUCACCAGCUCGAUCAACUACUACUUCGGCGUCGGCUUCUCGACCCUCAACACGGGCAUCGUGAUGAACAACGUGAUGGACGACUUCUCGUCGCCGGGCAUCGUGAACUACUUCGGCGUGCGGCCCUCGUCGGCGAACUUCAUAGCGCCCGGCAAGAGGCCCCUAUCAUCGAUGAACCCCAGCAUCAUCGUGGACCGCGCCGGCAACGCGAAGGUGGUGAUCGGCGCCUCGGGCGGCACCAAAAUCACCACGGCCGUCGCCCUGGUGAUCAUUCGCAAGCUCUGGUUCGGGCAGACGGUGAAGCAGGCGGUGGACGAACCGCGACUAUACCACCAGCUGUUGCCGAUGCGCAUCGACUACGAAUACGGCGUGACGACGGACGUAAUCAAAGGUUUGGAAGCGAAGGGCCACGCCGUGCAACGCUACAGGCAGCGAGGCUCAACUGUCUGCGCUGUCUACAGGAACAGAACGGCUAUAUACGCGAACGCCGAUUACAGGAAGGGCGGCGACGUCGACGGAAUCAAU